ACACGGAAGCAAAACCGCGACGUAAAUCGUACAAACUGUCCUGACACGUUUGUUUCUUGGGAUUGAGUUGAGAGGACUGGACAGAUUAGAUUAUACAGAUUUGGCUUACAUUUCACCGGGUGGUGGACGCAGCGGACACAAUGCGGACGGCUUUGUUGUCUCUUUCUAUUUUACUGCUCUGCGUGUUGGUCGCAGGGGCUCCAACAGAUGUCAAAACACCGGCAUCAACAAUUGAUCCUCCAAAAAGUAAUUCUGGCAGUGACAAGGGAAAUACUGGAGGGAUGCAUGGAAACAGUGCUGUAGCUGGUGACUCUCACAAAAAAACAGCCGAUACGCAGGGAAAGAAGAGUGGAACUGGUGACACCGAGAAAGACACAAAUCCAGCCGAUACGCAGGGAAAGAAGAGUGGAACUGGUGAAACCGAGAAAGACACAAAUCCAGCCGAUACGCAGGGAAAGAAGAGUGGAACUGGUGACACCGAGAAAGACACAAAUCCAGCCGAUACGCAGGGAAAGAAGAGUGGAACUGGUGAAACCGAGAAAGACACAAAUCCAGCCGAUACGCAGGGAAAGAAGAGUGGAACUGGUGAAACCGAGAAAGACACAAAUCCAGCCGAUACGCAGGGAAAGAAGAGUGGAACUGGUGAAACCGAGAAAGACACAAAUCCAGCCGAUACGCAGGGAAAGAAGAGUGGAACUGGUGAAACCGAGAAAGACACAAAUCCAGCCGAUACGCAGGGAAAGAAGAGUGGAACUGGUGACACCGAGAAAGACACAAAUCCAGCCGAUACGCAGGGAAAGAAGAGUGGAACUGGUGAAACCGAGAAAGACACAAAUCCAGCCGAUACGCAGGGAAAGAAGAGUGGAACUGGUGAAACCGAGAAAGACACAAAUCCAGCCGAUACGCAGGGAAAGAAGAGUGGAACUGGUGAAACCGAGAAAGACACAAAUCCAGCCGAUACGCAGGGAAAGAAGAGUGGAACUGGUGAAACCGAGAAAGACACAAAUCCAGCCGAUACGCAGGGAAAGAAGAGUGGAACUGGUGAAACCGAGAAAGACACAAAUCCAGCCGAUACGCAGGGAAAGAAGAGUGGAACUGGUGAAACCGAGAAAGACACAAAUCCAGCCGAUACGCAGGGAAAGAAGAGUGGAACUGGUGAAACCGAGAAAGACACAAAUCCAGCCGAUACGCAGGGAAAGAAGAGUGGAACUGGUGAAACUGAGAAAGACACAAAUCCAGCCGAUACGCAGGGAAAGAAGAGUGGAACUGGUGAAACCGAGAAAGACACAAAUCCAGCCGAUACGCAGGGAAAGAAGAGUGGAACUGGUGAAACCGAGAAAGACACAAAUCCAGCCGAUACGCAGGGAAAGAAGAGUGGAACUGGUAAAACCGAGAAAGACACAAAUCCAGCCGAUACGCAGGGAAAGAAGAGUGGAACUGGUGAAACCGAGAAAGACACAAAUCCAGCCGAUACGCAGGGAAAGAAGAGUGGAACUGGUGAAACCGAGAAAGACACAAAUCCAGCCGAUACGCAGGGAAAGAAGAGUGGAACUGGUGAAACCGAGAAAGACACAAAUCCAGCUUAUACGCAGGGAAAGAAGAGUGGAACUGGUGAAACCGAGAAAGACACAAAUCCAGCCGAUAUGCAGGGAAAGAAGAGUGGAACUGGUGAAACCGAGAAAGACACAAAUCCAGCCGAUAUGCAGGGAAAGAAGAGUGGAACUGGUGAAACCGAGAAAGACACAAAUACAGCCGAUACAAAGGGAAAGCACCCUACAGGUCAUCAAUCUGACAAUCCAGGGGAUUCAAGAACGAUGGAGGAUGAGAACAGUCAUUUCUUUGCCUACUUCGUCACCGGAGUUGUGCUGGUGGUCGUUCUCUACAUCGCUAAGCACAACAAGCGCAAGAUUAUUGCCUUUGUUUUGGAAGGGAAGAAUUCCAGAUCCACACGUCGACCUAAAUCUUCAAAUUACCAGAAGCUGGAACAACAUAUGUGAUCCAAAGCUGCCCAGAGAAGCUGAGAAAACGGCUUUAGUAGACUGCGAGUGGAUACAAAUCAUGGAUCUACAGUAAAUAUAAUGACCUGUUAAAUGGACAUUCUUCUAUUCUUGACUUCUAAAUGUUGAAUGACUAUGCA